CGGAGCGCUCGAGCCAGCCUCCUCCUUCUCCUCCUCCCUCACUUAUACCCCCCACCUGCUCCUCCUGCCUCGAUAGAGAGACGAGCUAAAGGCGGAGGAGGAGCGACGGAGCGUUCAGUCGACGGACAUACAGCAGCGGCGGCGGKGGAGGCACGAGCCCGCGGAGGGAGGACCGCAUCAGGCUGUUUUCUGUCGACCGGUGAAGAGCCCCGCGGAGAAAAGAACAGUGGAGGAAGUGAGCAGAGGUGGACACAGUAAUUGCGUUUCUGUUUGCCCCGCGGGGGGUAAAAAAAAUGGGAUAUAUGACCCCUUCGUUGACUCGUAAGGCUCACCAGUAAACUGUUCCAUACAGAAGGAUGACGGAAGCAGCUGUAGAAAACACGGAGGCGUUCGUCAAACGCUGCGACGUGACGUCACGCGAGAGCUGCCCCUCCCCGCUGCCAUGCCUCCCCCUCUGCAGCCAGAAAGCGGGCGAGGACUGUCAGGCUGACGUUAGAGCGCUCGAGCAGCAGAAACACUGCAGCCAGGUGCAACCAAAGAAAAAACUCAAGGCCAAAGGAAAGCUGGUGCGCAGCAUGGCUGUCAGCGAGGAGUCCUUCCCGCUUGAAGAAACCAACCCCUCUCCGGACGCAGACGUCUCAUCGAGCUGCCAUGACGAGAGAACUUCCUGUAAGGAGGAAGAGCAGAAGCGCUCGGAUCCAAAGAAGCCCUCCCCGUCCAAAGAGUGCAGCGCGGAGUACACGGACUCCACCGGCAUCGACCUGCACGAGUUUAUUGUCAGCACCCUGAACAGCAACCCCAGGGACCGUUUGACGCUGCUCAAACUGGAGCAGGACAUGAUUGACUUCAUCACCAGCAGUAGCACCUUUAAAAAGUUCCCCCACAUGUCGUCCUACCACCGCAUGCUGGUCCAUCGGGUGGCGGCCUACUUUGGCAUGGAGCACAACGUCGACCAAACCGGGAAAUCUGUCAUCAUCAACAGGACCAUCAGCACACGCAUACCGCAGCGGCGUUUUCAGGACGAGGCGCCCAAAGAGAUGACGGACGAGCUCCCCCAGUGGAGAACCAUCRUGAAGAGGGACAACAGUUUGGACGAGCAGUUCCGUCGUCCCCUUCUCCGCGAGAGGCAAAGCAGGUCGAUGGAGGAGAGAGAGGAGGUGUAUCUAAAGGCGCGGGAACGAAUCUUCAACAAAGAGCCACCCUGCACUCAGGAGAGCACCCGGGUGGAAACCAGGGAUGUGGAGGAGUACAAUCCAAACGCUGAGACCCAGAGGAGAAGACAGCUCUUCAGGGGGAGCCGGGACAGCUCCGGCUCCAGCUGGACAGGCAGCAGCAGGCAGAGCAGCUUCGAGACCGACUGCCGCUACAGCAGCGACCCCCGACCCUGGAGCAGCACCGACUCAGACUCCUCCCAUCAGUGGACGAGUCCCGCCCCAAAACCCCGCCCACCUGCCUGUCACAGCUACGACACGAGAGGUUCAGGCUCCAUCCCUCUUUACAGGCUGUCGCCCGCUUGUCCCCGCGCCUCUCCUCCUCCCAUCAUUGAGGAGCCGCCUCCUAACUCCGCCUUCAUCGCAGAGAACGGCAUCCCGCCGGGGAGCAUUUUGGUGAACCCGGCCACCGGGCAACCUUUCCUCAACCCCGAUGGAACACCUGCUGUGUACAACCCCCCGGACAAUCAGCCAAUCAGGAGCCAGACUCAGCAGCAGGUGGUUCAGUACGCGUCUGUGUCCUACACAGCUCCACAGAUGUUAGCGGCGCCCCCAUACUCGGCAGUAGAGGAUCUCUCCUCGCAGUUCGCUCACGUCACAGUGAGCUGCCCGUCCACAGCAGAAGCCCCUCCCCUCUACCCUCCCAGUCAGGGUUACAUCUAUGCAGCAGCUCCUGCCCCGCUCAACCCCUCCGGCUACUGCCAGCCCUCACCUCAGGUGCCUGUGUAUUAUUUCGGACAGUACCCUACCUCAGCUCAGCAUGGAUGCAGGCCAGGUUCGCCCACCCAGAACGCCCACGGUCCUGCAGCGCAGCCGUCAGGAGGCUACAGUCCUGCUAUGAGGGUGCAGCCAUCUUCCCACACCCAAGCCCAACCUGUGCUGGGGACCUACCCAGCCGUCGCCCCCCUCCAGUGUAGCGUGGUUCAGGGGGGCGUUUCAGUGCCCUUUCCCCAAAGUAAAGUUGUAACUGGGGGAGCCGGGGAUGUGGGGUACUGCUGCGUGGCUCCCCCGCCCUCCCAUCACAGUAGCUGCCACCCUCCCAGCUGCGCCAACCUGAGCGCGCCGGCCUGGAGCGCGCAGUACUGACGGAGCAACGACACCUGCUUGAAGUCACACGCUUGCACACGUUUUUAAAAACACAAACACAUCGUUUCACACUCCUACGCUCAUCGCCCGAUGAUGUGGGUCCGCCGUUCACACACACACACACACACACACACAUAGAGAAAACACAACCCUCCCUCACAGAGAUAAAUGUUCCACUGUACCAAAGCUUUAGUAGAAAAUAUAUCAGAGCUGCUGUACCGAAUGCAUAAUUUAUAUACACAAAUGGGAGUUUUAUAUUGUUAUUAAAUUAUAUAUUGUGUUUUAAGGAAAUGCACUGUGUGAAGAGAAUAAAGUGCCAUGGCUUGACUGAUGAGGUCA